AUGGCGAAGAAGAAGAGGCAAGUUCGAAAGCCUAUCAAUAAGGUUGAAAGAGCUGGUGACCGACCUGUUUCUCCAGCAGAGGAUGAUUGCGAUUCGACUGGGAAGGGUUCUGAGGUUUUCAAGGAAGCCGUCGACGAUUUGGGCGAGGAAUUAGGUCAGACCGAGAUUCGUUUUUCACCUGGACUACCGGAUUUUCAUACUCCUCAGGUCAGUUCGAGCUGGGCUAAAGAAGUGGAAUUGGAACAGGGUGGUAAUGGUGGUCAGGAGUUGUUUCAAGAGUCUGCCAAGAGCCUGUGGCAAUCUUUUGCUAAAGAAAAGGUAACCUCCCGUGAUUCAAAACUCUCUUUUACUGAACCUUUAUUUCAAGAUGGUGUAAAAAUUGCACAAGUUGAUGUUGAGGAAGUUAGGGAACAAUCUGAAUCAUGGAAUUCGGCUGUGAUUUGUAUGAUACUGGGUGCUAAUCCCCCAUUAACAGUUUUUGAAGGUUUUCUAAAAAGAGUUUGGGGUCAUCUUGGGAUAGUUCAGAUUGCUAGGAUGUCAAAGGGGCUGGUUAUGGUGAAAUUUCAAGAUGAGGUGACUAGGGAUGAGGUUCUAGAAGCAGGUGUUUUGCAAUUUGAUAGGAAACCAGUCAUUGUUCGACCUUGGACAACUGAUUUGAAUGCAGUUAAGUUAGUGAGGUCUGUUCCUUUAUGGAUUCGGCUACAUGAUUUGGGGCUCCAAUAUUGGGGAAACAAGAGCCUUAGUGCUUUGGUUAGUACGAUUGGAAAACCUAUCAUGGUAGACCAACAUACUAAGGAUCGCACUAGGAUUCAAUUUGCUCGUAUUUUGGUUGAGAUGGAUAUUUCGGACUCUCCUCCGAGGUCAUUUCAGUUUCUUAAUGAAUAUGGCCAGCUUAUUGAACAAAGAAUUGAUUACGAAUGGUUACCUGUCAAAUGUAAAAACUGUUUGGGGUUCGGUCAUAUAAUGGCGGAUUGUCGUAGGGAUGAGAUGAAGAAGAAGUUGACUUCUAAGGAUAAACCGAAACCAGGUUUUGCUCAGCAGCAGGUUACUGAUGUGGUUUCUAAUUCGGUUUCUGAACCUGAGAACAAGUUGGAUGAAUCCACACAGGUGCAAACUAAAGCUGAAGUUAAUGGUCAGGGGGUUUGGCAUAAACCCAAGAAGACUAUUCAGGGAAAUAUUAAGAAAAAUCUGACUGGUAAUGAUGAAUUACAGCAGCAGCAGGUAGUUAUGAAUUCUUUUAGUGCUUUACAACAAGGCAGUAGGGAGGAAGCUAAUCUAGAUCAUGAGCAAGAAGGGCACAAGAUUUCUACUCAAUUACCCCAUGGAUAG